AUGCCCGCCGAGGAUGAACCACAGGCGAAAGUGGCCACAAACAGGGCCAUGAUCGCCAAGAUAACAGCACUGGAAGAAAGCCUUGCCGAGACAGAACAGACCGCAGAUGGGGUAAAAGCGCAGCUAGACAAGACCAUCAAAGCCGUAGCACGUCACAAAGCCAGAAUCGAGGAGCUUGAAGAGACGAAUGAAGCGCUCCAGAUACGCGUCGAAGACUUGGAAACCCGUAUGAAAGCGCUCGAAGACCAGUUCACCACGACAUUUGGCAGCGGUGAUGCAAGCGAGACUGACGAGGAAGGGGAGGAGCAGUCGCAGGAGCGCCUAGACCGCCUCGAGCGAAGCUACCUAGCUACACAGGACCCGAGCUUGCGGCACUUGAUUCGAACAGUGUUUCAGCUGCUCAUGGGCAUUGGCCGUUUGACACCGGAUGUGCUCCCGACGUGGCCUACCGAUCCCGAGGAUGCCGAAGCAUGGCCGAAAGAUGACGCUACCGGCCAGCGGUUG